AUGCGGGUGCCUCCUGUCUCUCUCUGUUUCUGUUUGGUACUGCCCGCCCAUGCUGCAACAUCUGCCAUCCAGCUGCUUAACCAGGAGGCUCCUCUUGCAUCGCCUGUGCCGCAGGCUGCCUUCUGGCCUCCUGCGCACCAGCAAGCCAGAGGGCAGAUGCAGCAGCAGCAGGUACUACAGCUAGCCAUCGGCAUCUAUGAGCCAGAAUGGCGACGCCGUCUCUCCUUCCAACACCUGAAGCGGUGCAAGGCCCUCAAGCAGACGCAGCAGGCCCUUGUGCUCUUGGGUUAUUCCCCCGUAAGGUCGCUCGCCAAAGGCCUCUUCCCCCAACUGAAUGAACUGGAAACAAUAGGGGCAAAUGAAGAUGGAGAAAAUAUUUUGGCGAGCGCGACGGUUGCAGCCCGAGCAGCAGCAGACAAAGCAGCGGCACGGGGGGAGUCUAUCGUUACGGCGGUCCAUACUUCCGCAGCAACAACUGGUAACUUCGAUACAGACCCUGCAGCAGCAGCAGCAGCAGCAGCAGACCAAGCAGCAGCCACGGAGACAGCAGCUGCAAGAGAGAGUCUCUGUAAGUUACAGGCAUCAGGAGUCCGUAAUGCUUUGUGGGCUUCCCCCUUGUGGGGUGAGUUGCUGCUGGUGUUGCUGGCGGUGCCUGCCGUCGCUCCACAAUCGCAGUACCAGCAGCAGCCGUGGAGUGCUGUCUGGCCUUGUUUUUUUAAUCGGAAGCGACCAUCAGCGAUGCCUGCAGCAUUACCAUCCUUAGGGGAGUCACUGUUGGAGAGGGCGGACCCCAGUGCUUCAGAGCGGAAUACAGCGGUUGCUCCUCUGGAGCUAACGCAGAAGCAGAAAGAAGCGCAUGCAGCCCUGCUGCAGCUUGCUGCAGAUCGAAGCUGCUGCCUGAUCGUCUUCCACAGCUGCGGAGCAGAACUCACAAACCGACUAGGCCGCAGCGACGACAGCAGCAGCAGCACCAGCAGCAGCGGCAGCAUUAGCAAAGGCAUAUGCAAGAAAAUCAGAACCAAAGAUACCUCUGCCUGCAGUGACAGCAUCUGCAGAGAUCCUUUAAGCGGUUCUACAGCCACGACCGAUGCAGGGGGAUUAGCAAAGGCCCCUGUAGAAGUGGCGCCAUGUGGCUGCCCUAUCAUCGGCUGCGGCUACGGGCCACAUUGCUUCGACUUUUUGUGCAGCAGCACGAACUCCUGUACUACCAGCCCAAGCAGCAGAUCUAGUGCGUGCGGGAAGGAGCCUGACCAUCCGUUGCAGCACCCCGUGCUGCUCGCCAUAGACUCCGUUGCGAAGAAGCUGCUGACCGAGCAAGAACGAGAACAUCAGCUUCAGGGGCAGCAGCAGCAGCAGCAGUGCGCAGUUAUAUCUGAAGGGAACUAUUACUGUCAAGCGACCUGCGUGUACAUGCGAACGGAGCCGUGUAUCAUGUGCAGUAUGGGCUUGUUGCAGUCGCGAGUUGAGGGCGUCUUUUUUAUGAAGCCGCAAAAUUCGCUGGGAGGCAUUAGUGUUGCGGCGCUACACCGAGAUAGACGGCUGAAUCAUCCGUUUAGGGCUUUUCAACUUUUGCAGCAGUCGUAG